AUGGGAUCUAGGCAUCAAGAUAAAUUCAAGUUUAGCAUGUGCAAACCUAUUUGGUUCUAUGUGGACAUAUUGGUUGAUUCUGCUUAUGUGGAUGAGAUCAGUCGAGUGGUCUCCAUUGGAAAUGGGAUUGCACGUGUUUAUGGAUUGAACGAGAUUCAAGCAGACAAAAUGGUGAAAUUUGCCAGCGGAGUGAAAGGAAUAGCGUUGAAACUUGAGAAUGAGAAUGUAGGGAUUGUUGUCUUUGGUAGUGAUACUGAUGUUAAAGAAGGAGAUCUUGUCAAGCGCACUAGACCUAUUGUUGAUGUUCCUGUGGGAAAGGCUAUGCUAGGUAAGAAACAUUCACGAAUUUUAACCAUUGUUUAUCGAAAUGCACGAUCAAAAUGGGUGCUUCCUGCAGUCGAUCCAAAGAGUGCAGAGAAGCCCUGUCCUAAAAAGUUGAAGUAG